AUGAAGGGUUUCAAAAAUCUGCUAGUGCCAACACUAGCAUUGGCAUCCUAUGCCAAUGCUUGGGCCCUUGACCAACGUUGUACUGAUCUUGGGCAUAACAAACUGGUCACGAAGGCCAUGGAUGAUGCCUUCGAGCUUGCACAGUCCGGAUUGGAUGCGUGGAAUGCCCUCAACGGGGGGACCUAUAACCAGGCUGAAAUUGACCUUCUGGAAAACAUGUUCGCAUGGGCUGUCACCAACGACAAUGGUCAAAAAAGUGUGAACACCGGCCAUGCACAGUGGACUUACAUUCAGGAUAUAUUCCAAGGAGUCCUAGACUUCAAAGCUCCUUCAAAGAGUCCGCCCAGAGCCACAGAUCUGAUUGUCUACUGCGACUAUUCUCGCUACAUUGAGAAUGAAGACUGCAAGCAGAACAAAAAACCCGGAUAUGCCUGCGAUACCGCAUCGAAAAAGGAGGUAAAAAUGGACAUGGCUUGGAAGGGCUGCAAGUCCGUCAAACCAUUCCCAGUCAUGGCUAUGACGGAUUUGAACAAUUUCUUUGCCGCUCAAAUUGAUAUAUGUAGUUGGUACCUGGAUUUCUUCACUGAAUCCAAAGAACAGUUCUCGAACUCGAUUCACGGAUGGGGGAAGGUCGUAAAGCCCUUCCAGGACCUAUUCAACAAAAUUACUCUCCGGACUCAGAUCGAUUUUAUCGCCCUGUUCGACCACACGAUGCUACAUGAAAUGACUCAUGCAGUAAAAAGGUUCCCCGGAGAUCAUGAUACCCAGACAGAUGAUAGUGGAGGAGAUUUUGGCAGUUACGGUUGGAGCAACUGUGUGAAGCUUGGCAAAUCAUCCAAUCCAAAUGCAUACAAGAAUGCAGAAAGCUUUGCCUACUUUGGGCUUGUUGCAAGGUUGAUCAACCCUCCGAGUGGCGAGGGUGGUGUUACCGCGACCACGAAGGGAGAAGUUAUCAAACUCACUUCAGAGCAAACGCAACGAAACCAGGGAAAUAGCCUCAAGGCUCGCUAUGAACGCAACAUACUUCCUGCCGGUGCUUCUUCGAGCAACAAGCCGCAUCACAGUGGCACUGUGAGCAGCAGUCAUAAACCAUCUUCCGUAUUUCCCUCCGGAUCGGUUCAUUCAGGACCCUCAGCGAAUCCAACCAGCGGGCACCAUACUGGACAAGGAUCUUCAGGUGUUGGGGGCCCAACUGGACCCUCCUCAACUGGACCCUCGUCCACUCCGAGCAUUACGUCCGCGCCCCCAACGCCUUCCUCGUCCGGUGCUGCAAUUCCCUCAACCGUUAUCCCCGUCACCAAUGGGGACUCUACUACACAGGUCACCUACGUCUCGACACGCACCAGCUCUGAGGGUGGGCAGCCCACUGGAGUGUGGAAAUGCACUGGGCCCCUCUGUGAUCUCGGCAGUAAAUGUAUUAUCCCAAUCUUCUGUGCUGAUCAACCCGGGAGCGGAACAUCCUGGGGGCUUUGUUGCAGCUGGCAACCACACAUACCCUCUCUUGGAGGUGGUGGCCCGCCGGCAGGGGGCCCUGAACCAGGCCCACCGGAGGGAGAUGACAACAAUCACUCAUCGGACUCUUCCAAUUCCGACUCGUCUACCUCCACAGAUAGCAGCAGUACAAGUGGCAGUAGCAGCUCAUGUUCGGCGACUGUUGCAAGCACCUGCGAUGUGACUAUCAGCAGCUAUACGCCGUAUAGGGCGAGCACUAUCACCACUACUACGAUCACGCAACUGGCUUCAGGAACAGCAAUCGCUGCUGGUGGCACUAGCAUCUAUGGCCAGCACCAUCUCUUCUUCAGGGAUUUCGUCCAAGAGCAGUGUGCCACUGAGCACUCACUCUCACACUUCAACUACUUCAAAGAGUGGUUCAGGCCCAUCCUCGACACUUCCACCCAACUCACCAAGUUCCAAGUCUCAGCCACCGGGACCGUCAACUCCUUCAUCUCGGCCAGCACCUCCGUCCUCGAUAAUUCCACCCAACUCGCCAAGCUCCAAGCCUCAGUCGACGGGACCAGCAGAUCCUUCCUCUCGGACAGCUCCCCCAUCGUCGAAUCGACCAGUCGACUGCUCCUCAACCCUCCGCCUCGAAACCUGGUAGUGGGAAUACAUCUUCUCACAGGCCUCCUCGUUUACCUCCUCACUCCGUUCACCCGCCUACAUCCUCGCGCAGACCUACUCGCACCCGUUCCGUUCCACCACACACCUAGCUCAGCACCCUCACCACAAGCGAGCUGCGCCAUGUGGAGUGAGAUUGCGGCGUUCAUGUUUGUCGUUUACGACAUCCAGAAUUGGAAUGUCAAUUUCGCCGACAUUGAAAGCAGUCUCAAAAAGCAAGAGGGAGGUUGUGGUGACAUAACUGCUUGGGACUUCAGCGACUCGACUACUUAUGGCGUUGCUGCCAAGUUUAAUCUCCCCACAUUGAUCGCGGCAGGGUGUGUUGAGCGUGCCAUUGAGUCUGCCGGUGGCCCUAGCUCUUCGGACGUCAGUUGCCAAGGCCAUGGUACCCAUGUCUUCGAUGGAGGUGACUCGGUGCAAGAUAUUUUGAACGAUCUUUAG